AUGUUUGUGCAGUGUGACGUCAAAUCAUAUGCCUCGCAAGCCAAUCUCUUCCAGACCGUAUGGACAAAGUGGGCUCGUCUCGAUGUUCUCAUCGCAAAUGCCGGCUGUGUGGAUCGCGACUCAAAAUACAAUUUCCAUCGCCGCAAUACUUCCGUCGAGGACUUACCUGCAGAACCCAAUACUGAAUGCACAGACAUCGACCUGAAGGGCACCAUUUACGGCACUACGUUAGCAACACACUUUGUGCGACAUAAUCCACGCGGCAAGGGGGGAAAGAUUCUCGUUACCGGAAGCAUGGUUGGCAUAUAUCCCUGCCAGACCUUCCCUGAGUAUUGUGCGGCAAAAGCAGCCGUACACCAAUGGGUAAAGACAAUGGGUCCCAUUACCAAACUGAAAGAGAACAUCACGAUCAAUUGCAUAAUGCCUGGUGGUAUGGAUACACCUGCUAUGCCCGAUUUCAACGAUGCUUUCUUGCCGGAUCAAAUGACCACAUGGGAGACUCUCUUCACCGGUUUUGACUUAUUCCUCGAUGACCACGCGAAUGUCAAGACCGGACAGACCGCAGAAGCCGCGCAUGAUACAAUCAUCGAAUGGGGACAUCCACCUUACAAAAGUGGCGCUUUUGCGAAGCGUACUGAGGCAGUUUUUGAGCCCUGGUUCAAGGCUAUGCAUAGCGAGAAGAGUGAUCUGCCUGGAGCUAUCACUGAUUACCCAAACCAUGGCGACAAGAUCAUUGCCGUAACCGGAGCAACAGGCAGUCAAGGUGGCGGCGUGGUCAAUGUGAUGAAGAAGACACCAGGUUGGAAGGUCAGAGCUAUCACAAGAAACCCCGGAAGUGAUGCCGCAAAGAAGCUUGCCGCUGAAGGCAUCGAGGUAGUCCAAGCUGACUUUGAUGAUGAAGCGUCGCUAGCGAAAGCCUUUAAGGGCGUGCACGCCAUAUUCGCCGUCACCAACUGGUGGGAGCACCUCUUCCGCGGUAAGACUCAAGACGAAGCUGGCGUCGUCGAAGAAGAGCAAGGGAUGAAGCUAGCUCGAGCAGCCUCGCUCAUACCAACUUUGACUCACUACAUCUUCUCGACAACACCCAGUCCCAAGCGGAUGUUCAAAGGCAAGAUGCGCGCACCACACAUGGACUGCAAAGCGAACAUCGACAACAUGGCUUUCUUCCCGCUGUGCAAGCCGUUCGAGAUCCCUGGUACUGGUCAGUACAUCCAAACGAUGCCUACGAAUCCUCACGCGAAGGUGCUUCUUUCUGGCGAUAUGACCGUAAACCCUGGUAUUUGGGUACGUCAGUCCAUCCUCAGUGGAUCUAAAGCGCACGGAAAGUAUGCGAACGUUGCGCUCGAGAAAUGGUCGUUCCAGGAGAUGGUCGAUGUGUGGUCCGAGGUCACCGGUAAGAGGUGCGUCUUCACCGAGAUCUCCACAAUGCGACAAAGCUAG